GUGUGCAGAUAGCCUAACGGGAAAUGCUGCUGCGCCGAACGUCGAUUUUCGUUUGUUUUGCUCAAAUUAGAAGUUUUCGCGACGUAAUAAGCUGCACAUUUGUUAAUAAAAGCAUUUGCUAUUAAAAAUUAAAGUAAUUGAAAGCUAAAGAGUGCAGUAUAUCCAUCUGGUCAGAGUACACAUAAUUUUACAAUAUACUCAUGUACAAAUCCAAGAUGAGCGAUCCAUCCAAAAAGAAAAGUAUAUAUAAAAGUAAUACCGAUUUUCAAGGCGUGCGAUUUGCUUGCGGGAGUUUGGAACCCAAAAUUGAUAACCUCGAAACUGAACUUAAAGUAUUGCAGGAUCAACUAAAAUAUGUUUUGGAGGUUCUGGCGCAACAAACGGUUUUAUUAAAAAACAUGACGCGCCAACAUAUUAACGAUCAAACAGUUGCUGAUAAAUUCCCAAUAACUAGCGAGGAGCAGCUUUUAAAAAUUAACGACGAAAUUACUUCGGAAAAUAAGCUUGCCUAUAUACGUAUUCGUUAUAAUUUUAAUAACAAUUAAAUGGAGUUGUAUUAUGCAAAAUUGACCGUUUAAUGAUUAAAUACUAUUAUUUGCACAUUUUUAAUUAUUAAUAA